AUGAGUCGAAAACCGGCGAGUGGAGACGUAGAUCCGAUGAGGAGCAGGCUGGAGGAGAAGUCAGGCGAGCAGGGGUCCAAAACCAUGAAGCAGCAUGAGGAGAGUCCAGUGGACCUCAGUCUCAUGGAUCAGCAUCAAAAGGACACACAGAGACCCUUCUGUUUGUCUCAGCCAGAGCUCGAUACCAGUGGGACGUUUGACAUCCCAGCUCCUCCUCCUGUGACCUCAGACUUGUCACAUUCAACCUUCUGGGUCCGGCCCAACACCCAGUCAGACCCUCAGAACCAUCUGACCACCUGUAACAAGGAAACGCUGAGAGGUCCAGCUGCCUCUGUCCUCGAGCUGCAGCUGGAUGGUUCUGCUGAGGACAUGGAGAAUGUUUCUGUUCAUGAAUCUGCUCUUUCAGGUGGAACUCAGAUGGCCCCUCGUGGUUCUGGCCUCCCCUCAAAACCAGCACGGGAAGAUGACCCCCCCCACCACCACCACCUGCUGUCACAUGACUCUGCUCACAUCAAACUGACCAUUUCUCCUCCAGACCGGACCUCCUGCUUCUCUGAGCUGCAGGUCCCAACCAGAGCCGUUCUGGCCAGACAGGUGACCACAAGCAGCUCCUCGUCUCCUUCUGACAGAAUGAUCCCACCGAAGGAUCCAGAGUUCGGAACCAACACGGAGAGUUCCCCCGAGCCCCCAACACAGCCGGACGACAGACCUCUGAGUCUGACAUACGCAAGUGUGGGAUCAGAUGAAGGCAGCAUGAUGGAGGUUUACUUCAGCGCACUGGAGGACAGCAAGGAGGAAGAGGAGGGGAGGUUCACAGGAGGAGAAACAUUUGUGUCAGGAGGAGGGAAAGAUUUGCGAGGGGGACACACUCAGGAAGGACGCAGGCAAGUGAGAGGUUUUCCACUGAAAACAAACAUGGAGAAGACAGAAGGAGGAGGUCAAAGUUCAGAAGAUCAGCUGCUGCUCAAAGAGAACUCUCACUUGGUUUGGGGCAGAAAUCUAACAAGUCCAGAGAAACGACAAACGACCGCAGCACCGGAGGAGGAGGAGGAGGAGGAGGAGGAGCUACUGGCCCCACAGGUUCUGCAGGCAAACAUGCUGAUGGAAUGUGACUCUGCCCUGCCCUCCUCUGAUACAGAGGGGGAGGGAAACCAAGAGCUGAGGCCCCCAAGGCUGCAGGACCAGUUUCUGGUUCCCAUCGAAGGUCCUGCAGUCAGAGCGAGCACAUGGAAGGAGGAGGUGCAGCGUUUAGUCUGUGCAGACACAUUUGGUGCAGGUGGAGUGACACCUGACGCUGCUCUUUGCAGUCGUGAGGGGGUGGGACCAAUGACUCAGAAAGCCAAGGGGAACACAGAGACACAGCAACAGGUGCGAGUCGAGUCGUCAGCACAGAACACUGACGGAGAAGCUACAGGGCUGCGUCCAGCUGAGGACCACAGCUGCCGGCCUCCUUCAGCUGCAGCCUGGGUCCAACCUGCCGACACCAUGAGUUCAGCUUACAGCAGCACCAAACUGACACUGAAGAGCUCGUCUUCAGCCAUCCAAGAAGAGCCCAGAGCUCGUUUUCACAAAGUGUCUCUGCUGAAAGAGGCCGACAGCAGCCUUGACCUGGGCUCAGGAUCCUCUGAACUGGGCUCAGGAUCCUCUGGCCUGGGAUCAGGAUCCUCUGGCCUGGGAUCAGGAUCCUCUGAACUGGGUUCAGGAUCCUCUGGCCUGGGAUCAGGAUCCUCUGGCCUGGGAUCAGGAUCAUUUGACCUGGGAUCAGAGUAUAGGUGGAAGAACAGAUUUGUGGGGGUAACUCAGUAUAAACCCCAGAAAAUCUCUUUGUCCUCUGACUCCGCCUCCUCUGCAGACACACACCUGGGCUCCUCCUCUGUUGCCCCAGGUAGAAGUCUGAGUCACAGCACUGGUCACCUGAUCCAGAAUGGUGGAGCAGAGGAGUGGAGGCGGAGUCUGGUGGAGGAGGUACAGCUGGCUGUUCGUACAGGAGAAGAGGAGGAACAGACUGAGGGAGAGUCGCAGUGGGAGUCUCAGCAUCUCUCCUGCAGCAACUUGGACAACACAGACUCCUCUAGCUUUACCGGUGUCUUUAAGGCCACUCUGGUGGACUUGAACUCUGACCCUGUGCCUCCCUUGACUUCUGAUCCUGCACCUCCCCCUUCCACUCCCCCAUCCUCUCCUGACGCAGAUUCCCCAAUCCAUAACGACAUGGACAGCCUGGUGGACACUCUGCGGAGCAUGGGACCCUCCCUGAGGCCGAAGAGCACGAGCCUGCGUCCGCCUCCUCCAGUUCUUGUCUCCUCCCUCCCCCCCAUCGUGGAGGACGCACCGAACCCCGUCAUCAUCAGUGUGCUCCCCCCCCCAAGCAGCCACACCAAGGGGUCUGAGGAGGCACAGAAUGGACUGUACACACUGCCAGCUGAGCUGGGCCUGAAGAGGAGCAGCCCCAGAGACACUCGGUCCCCCCUGGACCUGAUGAAGAAAAACCAGGACCUGACCUCCCCCAAGCUGAACAGACCGGAUCCUUCGUCCCCCACCUCGGGCUCUCGCCUCAACAGCAGCGUCAUCUUCAGCAGCUACCGCUCCUCUUCGUCAGAGAAGGCGUUGGAGAACGGAACGACCCACAAGACCCUGUUCCGCUCCGGCUCACUGCCAGAGAUCGGAUCCUCAGCUGAGCCCACUAUUGUCAGACUGAAAGAACCAGGUGAGGUUGGAGCCAGUCCAGAACCAGCACAGUCCCGCCUGGAACGCCUGUCUUUCCUCCUGAACUCCUCUUCCUCGGGAUCACUGAACGGUGCUGAAGAGUCCUGUAGUUCCCGCAUCAGUCGGCCCCCUUCUCUUGGCUUCAGCCCCCCACCUUCCAUUACAAGCCCGACCCACCUGCUUAGCCCCGCUGGAUCCAUAGACCUGCACCGGCCUGCCUCCAUCUCUGAACCCCCCUUAUCCUCCAUGUUCAACCAGGGGCCCAGGACCCUGCAGAGGAGCCUCAGCUGCGAGGAACGCUCACCAGUGUCCCAGUUCAGCAGCAUGCACGGAGGGCCCCAGUUCAACUGUGUGCAGGGGGGGGGUCAGUUCCAACUGCUGGAGUCCCCAUUCCAGGACAAGCGUGCUGAAUCAGACCAGAGUCUGCUGUCCAAAUACAAAGCCUUUCCAGACGCCUAUCUGACCAAAGAAAAAGAGCACGGGAAGCUCAACCCUCGACCUGGUAAGAUGUUCAUUUUUGACCGAGCGGGGAUGACCGGCCAGAGGAUAGAGCUGCGUGGUGAUGUCAUUGACGCCACACCCUGGGAGCUGCAGGAAACCAUCUCCAUCAGAGUCCUGCGUGGAGGGUGGGUUCUCUACGAGAAACCAAACUUUAAGGGGGAGAAGGUCGCUCUGGACGAAGGUGACAUCGAACUCACCUGUCCCUUCAGCUCACCUGAGGAGGCGGAGCCAAAUGAACAGGGGCAGGAUAAGCCCACUCGGAGAUUCAUCAUUGGAUCUGUGCGCAGAGCUGUCCGGGACUACAGUGUCCCAGAAAUCAGUCUUUUCCCUGAAGAAAAUGCAGAAGGGAAGAAAGUUGUCUUCAGGGACACCUCGGAGGAUGCGAGGAUCUUUGGGUUCCCCAUCAAAGCCAACUCCAUCAUCGUUAACGCAGGGCUCUGGCUGGUUUUCUCCCAGCCCUUCUUCCAGGGUGUCCCACGGAUCCUGGAGGUGGGGGGGUACUCCAGUCCUGCUGCCUGGGGGGUGGAGCAGCCCUAUGUAGCUUCACUGCAUCCUUUAAAAGUGGGAGAACCAAGAGUGGAGAACCUGAGUGAGUCCAAGGUGCUGAUCUAUGAGAAGCCAUACUUCACUGGGAAGUCUCGAACCGUCAGCAGCAAUAUGAAGGACUUCAUGAGUAGAACCAACCAGCAGCAGGCAGUCUUAAUGUACAGUGUUGGUUCCCUUAAAGUUCUGGGCGGAAUCUGGGUUGGGUACGAGAAGGAGAACUUCCGAGGCCACCAGUACCUGCUGGAGGAGGGAGAGUACCAUGACUGGAGGGUGUGGGGGGGCUGCAAUUCUGAGCUUCGUUCCAUCAGGAUCAUCCGGGCUGACCUGUCGGACCCUCUGAUGGUGAUGUUUGAACAGCCCGAAGAGCAGCAAGGUGUGACGGAGGAGAACACCUUUGAGGUGACGGAGGCCAUUCCUGAUGUCGAGCUGUUUGGUUUCAAAACCUUUACACACUCUAUCCACGUUCUCAGUGGGGCGUGGGUAGCUUACUCUCAUGUGGACUUCUCUGGGAGCCAGUACAUCUUGGAAAAGGGCUUCUAUAAUAACUGUGCUGACUGGGGUUCUCAAGACAUGCGGAUCUGCUCGAUCCAGCCCAUCUUACUGGCUCCAACCGACAACUCCAGCUCCUCACCCGAGAUCAUUCUGUACUCUGAGCCUGACUUCCAGGGAGAGCAACUGGUCUUUUACCAGAACCAGGCUGUGCUGUUGGACAGGUUCAUCACUAGGUCGUGUCGAGUGGUGAGAGGAAGCUGGGUUCUGUAUGAGAGCAAACAGUUCUCUGGUAACAUGUACGUCCUGUCUGAAGAUGAUUACCCCAGUUUACCCAGUAUGGGCUGCCCGUCCAGCUGCUCCAUUGGCUCUGUGAAGUUGGUUCCCCUGAUGUUCUCGGUUCCCUCCAUCUCUCUAUUCAGCCUGGAAGGUCUGGAGGGUCGAGAGAUUACCUCUGAGUCUGAGGUCAUCAGUCUGCUCCAGGAGGGCUUCAACAACCAUGUCCUGUCCGUCAGGGUCCACAGCGGCUGCUGGGUGUUGUGUGAACACAGUACCUAUAGGGGGCGCCAAUUCCUGCUGGAACCAAUCGAACUCACCAACUGGCCCAAGUUCAGCUCUCUGCAUACGAUUGGCUCCAUGUUCCCGGUCCGACAGAAGCGACACUUCUUCCGUGUGAGGAACAAAGAAAGCGGUCACUUCCUGUCGGUGCAGGGCGGGGUUGAAGAGAUGAAAUCUGGUCGGGUCGUGGUGACACGGGAGGUGGAACCUCUGAGUGACAUUUGGUUCUACCAGGAUGGACUGAUUAAAAACAAGCUGUCCUCCACCAUGUGUCUCCAAGUCAUGGGGAACGUGGAGCCGGCAGCUAAAGUAGUUCUGUGGAACGAGACCCGGCAGCCGAUCCAGACCUGGUCGGCCCAGAUGACGGGCCUCAUCAGCAGCCUAACAUUCUCUGGGAUGGUUCUGGAUGUUAAAGGGGGCAGAACGUAUGACCGGGAGCAUGUGGUGGUGAUGCCAGAGAUGGACGAGACGCCAAGUCAGCAGUGGGACAUCGAGCUGCUGUAGCCCUCCUCAGGGACAGGAACCUGAAUGUUCCUCUAAAGCUCUGAGGAAGCUGUGAUCCAUCACGUGUGUCAGGAAGAAUCCUGUCAGGCUCUGAUGGACGUCCUCUUUCUUUUGAAGGCUGCAGGGAGCUGCCUCACCAUCCUACAAGGACAUGCAUGUUUAGUUAAAAGACAUGCUGAACUGCAGGAUUUUACUUCCCUGAACAUGAACACCAUUGUUUAGUCAUUUAACAACAGAUAAGAGUCCAGACUGGACUCUGAGGGGUCCUGCCUGUGGUUUAAAGCAGGGAAAGAGAAGAAAUUAGCAGAACCUGCUGCUGGUUUUGUUUUGAGUAGAACCUGGUCAAACAUUGCAGAUGUGUACAGCCUCAUGUUUCUUUUUGUUCCACAGUUUUAUUGAUGCAUAAACCUUUAAAAACUCUAUUGGAUACUAUAUUUACUGACGUUGUGAAAGAGGGCAGAGUUUUAAUAGAAUAAAUCAAAUUAUUGUUAUAUUUGUGGGAUCAGUUAAAAACAUAAAAUCAGAAGAAUUUAAGGAAAGAAUUUAUCCAAAUUGAUUGAUUUGAAGUGUUUCUGUCUGAAUCAGUUCAUUUAUUAAUAAAAUACCAACUAAAGAGAAAGAAAAAGUCUUGUUUCUCAGAAGAGUCUCUUAAAUUUUAAAAUCAGAAUAAGCUUUAUUAUCAUUGCACCAAGAUACAAGAACAUGU